AUGAGAGGUCCGCUCGCUCGGUUCGCCCGCCCUACUGAGGUGCCGGUGGAGGAGAAAUCCCACCCAGCGAACGAUAAGGAAGCUGGCGUCGUCGAUAGCCAACCCCGGAAUAGUGAGAUUGAUACCGAUGUCGACGCCAUCGACACUAGUGCUCAGGCCGGUGUUCAGAAAAUCGAGGCCACAACCAAGGUCUGGACUAUGUCUAAUCUCAUAUUAGCUUAUGUCUUCAUCUGGAUUAUCUACUUUGUCGACUCUAUGCAACAGGGCAUGGGGUCUCUUUUGACCCCCUAUGUUACUAGCUCGUUUGCCCUCCAUUCGUUGACUGCCACGACGGGCGUCAUGUCUGGUAUCAUUGGCGGUGUUUCGAAGCUCACUCUAGCGAAAAUAUUGGAUAUCUGGGGUCGGCCUCAAGGUUUCCUAGUCGUAGUUCUUCUAAUGACCGUUGGACUUGUCAUGAUGGCAGCAUGCAACAACGUCGAGACUUAUGCAGCUGCACAGGUAUUCUAUUGGGUUGGAUACAAUGGAGUCAGUUACUCCCUCUCUGUUUUCAUCGCCGAUACUUCACACCUGAAGAACCGAGCCCUAAUGUUGGCGUUCGUUUCGUCUCCCUAUAUUAUAACCGUAUGGAUUACCGCUCCCAUGGCCGACAGCAUCCUAUAUGGUAUUGGUUGGAGAUGGGGAUUCGGAAUUUUCUCCAUCAUUACUCCGAUCAUGUGCCUUCCUCUAUUCUUCUUGUUUACUUGGAACUACCAAAAGGCAAAGAAGGCUGGAUUGAUUAUUUAUACCCCGAGCGGCCGCACAACAUGGGAAUCGAUCAAAUAUUACUUCUGGCAGUUUGACGUUAUUUGUCUUAUUCUUCUUACGGGUGGCUUUGCACUCUUCCUGCUUCCUUUCAAUAUCUACUCUUAUCAGUACUAUGGCUGGAAGGACCCCUUGGUCAUUUGCUUGAUCAUAUUCGGUGGGCUGCUUCUCAUCGGAGCUGUGGUCUGGGAAAGAUUCUUUGCACCAGUCAAGUUUAUGCCUUGGGAGCUCCUCAAAGAUCGAACCGUCCUUGGAGCUUGUAUUCUCGCCGCUGUUCUGUUUGUUGAAUAUUACAUCUGGACUGCCUACUUCAGCUCCUUCCUCCAGGUUGUCCUCAACCUGGAUGUAACCCAAACUGGUUAUAUCGGCAAUAUCUACAGUCUUGGAUCGUGCUUCUUUUCCUUCAUAGUGGGCAUUCUAAUCCGCUGGACUGGUCGUUUCAAGUGGAUUACCCUAUACUUCGGUGUACCGGUCACAAUUCUCAGCAUCGGCCUACUCAUUCACUUCCGACAGCCUGGUACUCACAUUGGUUGGAUUAUCAUGUGCGAGAUCCUAUAUGCCUUUGCCGGUGGUGCCUGCGUUAUUUGCGAGCAAAUGGCCGUCAUGGCUGCUGCAGCUCACCAACACGUCGCCGUUGUCCUCGCCAUGGAGGGUAUGUUUAGUAGCGUCGGUGGUGCUAUUGGAGGCACUGUUUCCGCCGCCAUCUGGACAGGUGUUUUCCCCAAGGCACUGGCCAAGUACUUGCCUGCGGAGUCUCAGGCAAAUCUUACGGAUAUCUACGGCCAACUUCCAGUUCAGCUCUCAUACCCUGUUGGCUCGCCGACUAGGGAUGCCAUUAUUCUAGCCUACGGCGAUGGCCUAAGGUGGAUGUUCGUCGCUGCUACGGCCAUUACUGUGCUAGGCCUUGUUUCUGUCGCCUUCUGGCGGGAUAUCAAAGUCAAGGACUUCAAGCAGGUCAAGGGUCGUGUAAUUUAA